GCAAAGCGUUACGGUUCGAAGAUUCAAACUGCGACCUCGAGACGGUGGAGAUUGCGUGACUCGGGUAGUAAGCUUAGAAAGUGCUGGAGGGUACGUUGUCUCGACGGUUCGUUCCAGUGGAAAUAUUUUUAUCUUCAGGAAAAAAUUGUUUGGUGCGUCGGUGCUCACAGAUAAGAUAUCCUUGACAGUGACAGUGCGUACAGCCAUGUUGUAGGCAUGAUGUUGCACAGCUGACGGCGUGAAAGAUAACCGGGUACGAAAACUCUUUCGUCUCCUUCAUCUACGAGAGACAACGUGGGUUUUCAUGAUUUCAUGAAAGAUCUAUGAUUAAAGUCAGUAAGCUUGUUCAGGAGUGAUUCCGAGAUAAUAUCCCGGCGUGCUCCGUUCCCAGACGGUGCUGCAUUAUCGAUCAGACCAACAGACCGCAGGAACGCCGGUGUAUUAUUUAAAACAAUAAGAAGUAUCAAAGCUUCGCUUCUUCGUGGGUUUUCUCAAGGCGAGCCAGUGCACAAUUUCUAUGAUGUAAGCUGACUCAUAUCUUACACAUCUUCAGCAUCUCACCUCUCACUCCUCCUCCGCGAGUGACUUCCACGUGUACGUGUGGGUGCGCGGACGGAUGUGGUUGUGAUGGAAUACAGUAGGUGAGGUCAUACACCCACCUUAACAAGUGGUUCGUUUUUCAUUCACAUUGUGCGGCUUCUAGUUGAAGACGAACGCUGCGAAAUACUCUUUUCGGAAUAGUUUUAUCACACGAUGAUCAUGAGGACGUUGUUCGCGGUUCAUCCUGCAUCAUUGAUGUUCGCAUUCACGGUCACUGCCAUUGGCGGCAAUUACAUAGACAUUGAUUUGCCGCAUGAUCACGUGAAGUAUUAUUUGAAUUCUUUUCCCACGGUAGCAGAAAAGUGCCGCAACGAUACGGCAUGUCCAUAUAAGGAUGCUCUCGAUAUCAAAGCCUGUUGGGGCUACGAGCAAGACUGUAAAGCGGAAAAUUCUUUUUCCGUUCCACAUUGUCCAGGCGACCAUAAAGGAUGGGUAACUACGAAAAAAGCUCAAUUGGACACGUAUUACGCGCAAGGCGACUUUGGAUAUGUGCGCGAUCAGAGGAAAGAGAUGAUGCUAUUGUGCGAACCGUUAUUUGUGGAAGAUUCGUCGUUGGAGUGUUCGGAGCAUAUGAGGUUUUGCCGAGCGAGAAAUGUAAUGUUAAAUUUCACGGAUUUGCUGAAUCGGAAGGAACCUAUACGGUAUAAAAUGGAUGUUCUAAAAGAAGGUCAAAUCGGCGGCUACUGCACGCUGAACGAAAGGAGACUGCAGGAAAAUACGGAUCACAUCAGCCCGCUGCAAUCCUGGGGACCCGAAUUGAGAAACUUUCGGAAACUGUCCCGCCGGCCAAUUGUUCGUGGCGAUUGCGACGUGGUAAUUGAAAAGCCGACUUUCAUCAUGAAGAUAGACGCUAUAGUAAAUAUGUACCAUCACUUUUGCGACUUCUUCAACUUAUAUGCAUCAUUGCACGUGAAUCUCUCGCACCCAUCUGCCUUCGAUACUGACAAUCACAUAAUGAUCUGGGAAAGUUAUAGUUAUCGGUCGGCGUUUCAAGACACCUUCGAAGUAUUCACGAGAAAUCCGCUGUGGGACCUGAAAACGUUCCGAGGCAAGACCGUGUGCUUCCGGAAUUUAGUGUUUCCCUUGUUGCCGCGAAUGAUAUUCGGCCUCUAUUAUAAUACGCCUCUAAUUUAUGGCUGUGAAAAGUCCGGAUUGUUCAAAGCCUUUGGCGAUCAUAUGCUGCAUCGACUUCGAAUACCCCUUCACCGAAGGAAGGAUCGGAAGAUCCACGUCACAUUGUUGAGCAGAGACACUCGGUAUAGGAAGAUCUUGAAUGAAGAUGAGUUGGUGAAAGCUUUGCAGGAAAAUCCGGAAUACGAAGUUAAAAAGGUAGUGUAUAAUAAAAAUAUGACGUUUAAGAAGCAGUUGGAAGUCACGAGGAAUUCCGACAUUUAUAUCGGUAUGCACGGCGCUGGAUUGACGCAUUCGAUGUUCCUACCAGAUUGGGCGGCAGUAUUCGAAAUAUAUAAUUGCGAAGACCCUAACUGCUACAAGGAUCUCGCGCGGCUGAGAGGGGUGAAAUACUUCACAUGGGAAGAUACGUCGAAAUUGGUGCAACAGGAUCUGGGAACGCAUCCUGACGGCGGAGCUCAUGCGAAGUUCACGAAUUACAGUUUCGACGUGAAAGAAUUCCUGAGAAUCGUAUCGCUUGCGAAAAAUCACGUAAAGUAUCAUAAUGCAUUUAAAAAAUUCCUCAACAGCGAUAUUAAUAUCGAAAUGCACAAUGAUACUAAGACGAGAAAUAAUAAAAAAUCCACACAAACUCCUAACGCAGAGGAAGUAAUUCGGUUACGACGGAAGUCGAAUAUAUCACCCAAAGAUGAAUUAUGAACAAGAUUUAGGUACUAAAUAAAAA